ACAGUUCAUUCACAUCAUAUGUGAAUUUCUCGCCUCCACCACUAACAGCACACUCCUUUCUCUGUCAAGCAUACACUGCCAUGGUUUCGCCAACCAAAAUAGAGGUCCUCACCGACCUCUCUCCCUUCAUCAAGGUCUACACAGAGCGCCUCCUCGGCACGCCACACGUUCCUCCGUCGCCGGAAGACCCUACCACCGGCGUCGCCUCUAAAGAUACCACCAUAACGCCCAAUGUGUCCGCCAGACUCUACCUCCCGAAACUCAGCAACCCCACGCAAAAGCUCCCCAUCUUAGUCUACUACCAUGGCGGCGGAUUCUGCGUCGAUUCCGCCUUCUCUUGCCAAUACCACCGCUACAUGAACCUUCUGUCCUCCAAAUCCGGGGCUCUGGUUGUCUCCGUCGAGUAUCGCCUCGCUCCCGAGUACCUCCUCCCUGCGGCGUACGAAGAUUCUUGGGACGCCCUCAAAUGGGUUUGUUCCCACGUUCUUGACCAUACCCAUUUCGAGAAAGAUCAGUGGAUCACCAACCACGCCGAUUUUAACCGGGUUUUCAUCGGCGGCGACAGCGCCGGCGGGAAUGUCACCCACAACAUCGCUAUGCAUGCCGGGUCAGAGUCUUUACCCGGAAACGUGAAAAUCCUGGGUGCAGUUCUUUCAUAUCCCCACUUCUGGGGCUCUAAUCCCAUUGGAGACGAACCAACAGAAGAUAUGGAGCAGCAUAUAGCUUACAGGCUGUCGUUAUUCGUAUACCCGUCUGCUCCUGGUGGGAUUGAUAACCCGUCCAUUAAUCCACUGGCCGAUGGAGCUCCGAGCUUAUCCCGCUUGGGAUGCUCCAAGAUUAUAGUUAAGUUGGCAGAGAAGGAUGACUUUACGUCGAGGGGUUUAGCUUACGCAGAGGAAGUCAAGAGCAGUGGGUGGAAAGGUGACGUGGAGGUGGUGGUGGUUGAAGGAGAGGGUCAUUGCUUUCAUAUACUUGAUCCUGAAACUGAGAAGGCGAAGAAUCUCAUCAAGCGUUUGGCUUCGUUCAUCUCACAGUGAAAUUUAUGAGUGUUUGUUUCCUUGGCAUAUCGCUUGUUGCUUGAGUAUUACUAGGGUUUGAAAUAAAUGCAGUACGAGGCGCAUGAAUAUUAAGUGAUGAAUAUAAAAUUAAAUCUAAAAGUUAUAUUAUGUUAAUAUCAUUGCUCCAUGUUAUAAUAUAUAAUAAUAAAAUUAUAUGUUAGACUAUUCGUGUCACGUUUGAGUUAUGCUACAAGCUAUUAUUUAUCGUUUA